CCUACGGUGGACAGAGUGGAGCACACAGCUCAGUAUUUUUACACAUACAGCCGAUGCCUACGGAAACAUCAGCAAAUGAUCGAUGUCGUCUGUGCAAUGACAUUCUUCGGAAAGAUGGCGUGCUUUCGAACAGCCAACUAAUCUUUGAGAAAGGCUACAGCAAAAGUUUAGGCGCACGUCUUGCUAAGCUUGGUUUGGAAUUGUCAAAUGUGCGGGAAAGAUCGACGCGAGUGUGUUCGAAGUGCGUUCGCUUAGUAGGGAGAGUCGUAGACGCUUUCGCAACUUUUAGACGAUGGCAGAAAGCUGAAGUUGCGCUACCAAAGUCUGAACCCUCAUCUUCGUCAAUAACUAGUUCUUUACAGACAUUAGUGAGUUCUAUAGGCGGUGCAGCGUAUGGGGGGAACGUGAGUUCUCCCAUUUCAAAACUUGAAAUGCCCUCCCCCUCUAUACAAACCCCUACAUUAUUUAUCUUCAAUAAUCAACUGUAUGUUCAGACCACCACUCCCUCACAAACAAAUCAAGUUUGUGUACCGAAUCCUGUCAUCCCCUCUGCACCACUAUGUGUACCCAAUCCCGUCAUCCCCUCCGCACAACUUUGUUUACCCAAUCCUGUUAUUCCAUCUGCACCUGUGUAUGUAUCUAAUCCUGUCAUCCCAUCGGCACCAUCAUCUGUAUCCAAUAAUGCCACUCCUGCGCCGAUAGUGACAGUAAAGACCGAGAAAAUACAGCAGGAGGAAUGUCAAGUGUAUUUGGCAAAGGACUCCGUCACACAGACAUCUAAUCCGGAUGAAGAUGAUGAAUGUCAAGAUUCUAUGGGUAACCCUGACUGGCAGCGUGUCUCACGCAGGAUACCCGGUGGUAAUGCACCCGAAUCUCCCAUGUCAACAAACGAAAGCCCUCAAAACGGAGCAAGGAAAAGUGUUACCGAGGUGGUUACCCAUUAUCCCUCAAAGAGUCAGAGGGUUCUGUGUGCAGAUGAUGAAACGGCAGGCGUGGUGGAAGCCAUUGCAAAGAAAAACUGGAGGGGGGCUGCCAAACAGAUCAUGAGACACACAGAGCUACUUGGACCGGUCACUGACUACAUCCUGCAAGCCAUUGAAGAGGAGUGCAAGAAGAUCUUCAGUCCAGACACCGGAUUCAUUCUGGCCAAGACGUCAGCUGAAGAUCUGAAGGCGUUCUCCCUCCCGAAGUUGCAUGCAGACCUCCAGCGAGUGUGCCCACAGACAUUGUCGAUUUUUUCACGCAUCUCCAAAAACUCUGUGGAUAUGGCGUGUGUGGCAGCAGCGAUAGCGUUGAGGGGCAGGGACAGACGCCUGUCAGCCCUGUCAUUCUAUCUGACCACCAUCCUACAGCGUGGCGGCGCAAGGAGGAGAGUCCUCGAUAGCAUCACCAAAUUAGGCAUAACCGUUUCAUACAAUCAUACUCGCAAUAAAUGUUUGGAGCUGGCAGUGGCGAGCAAUGGAGACGAUAUUCGACCACUGAAAGCAACCAACAAAACAUUCCUGAAUGAAGAUGAUGAUGAUGACGAAGACAGCAGAUCAGCCAAUGAUGGAUGUGUGCAAGGGAGCGAAAUCAUGCACGAUAGCCCAUUGCAGAGCACUCAUGAGAACCCCAGUGGAAUGGAACAUACUACAGGUGUCAACACUCCAUCACAGAGGGACCAGGAACUGGAGUCCAAUGAAGAUACAGAUGCACCCUACAGUAACCAUCCCACACAAUUGAAAGGGCGCCCUGACCUCAAUCAGUACCUAAAGGACCUGGUCUACAAAUGCCCAUGCUGCAAGUUCUCCACGGAAUAUAAACACAAAUUCAACGGCCACAUGGACUUUCACAUCAAUCAUGCCGUUCCAUUUAAAGGCUACUACAUCUGCAAAUGCCAAAUGUCGUGCCGUCUAACGCGACAGGCGUUGGGUCCAAAUGCAGCGCUCAGUACAGAGGCGCACUUCCAUUGUCUUUUCUGCCCGCUAACAUUUGUGCUCAAACCUCAGUUUGCGCUGCAUUUGAUGUAUUGCGCCAUGCCACUGUCACGUACCUCAUUUCCUGCCUCCACCCACAAGGAGCGGCCCUCCAACCACAACCCUCUGCCCUGCAAUGCUGGAGCCACUAAGGAUCCACCAUCUCAGGCCACUCCACCUGGACAGCGUUUGAUGGGUCACCAUAUGGCUUGCCAAACUGAUCCACCAGAAACGACUACCGUUGCAACACAAUUGUCUGUCGAGACAUUUAAACCCCACUGCAAAAGCAGAGACACACAGACGUCUGUGUCCUACAGCGAUGUCUGUGCCAGCACUGAAUCGGAGACGGUCGAGAGAUUUCCCUUUGAUCCCUACGAGAGACCGAGCAAGAGGCCACGUCUGGACCUGGAGGAGGAAGCAGAGAAGGACAGCAGCUCAUUGAUGGACAUUGGGGAGACAGUGACGAUCAAGACUGAGUCGGCAGGUUUAACCAGAACAGAAACCCCUACACCUGUCCAAAAGGCGCCUACGUAUAUCGUCUACGAAUCCUGCUUAAGGGAGCUGUUUACAGAGUGUCCUGACUGUAAGAUGAAGACAGAUGUCCGGACAAGACGUGUGGGCACAUUCGUGACGGUGCAGCAGCACUGUCAAUAUUGUCAGUACUCUCGACGAUGGAACAGCCAGCCUGUUCUUGGUAGCACUCCUGCAGGGAACCUACAACUGGCUGUGGCCAUUUACAUCAAUGGUGCAUCUUUCACCAACAUCGGACAGAUUUUUAAGACGAUGAGCUUGAAGAUGUUGUCCUACGAGACCUUCCAAAGACAUGCCCGUAUGUACAUAGAGCCAGCUAUCGUCCACAAGUGGAGGACGACCCAAGACGGCCUGUUGGCAGAGCUUUCUCAACAGCACCUCAUCCACCUUCGUGGAGACAUGAGGACAGACCUUCCAGGCCUUACUGCCAGGUUUGGCAGCUACACCAUGAUGGACCUCAGAAAUAACAAAGUCAUCGAUAUUCAGCUAGUUGAGAGAAGUGAGGUUGGUGCCAAUGAGAGCAUGGAGACAAAAGGCCUGGGAAGGAGUCUGACUCUCUUGAAGGAUCAUGACGUGAAGCCUGACACCGUCGUCACAGAGGCUCGACCCGAGAUUGAGGAUUUCCUCAGUGAGGCCACCUUCACACACUACUAUGAUGUAGGACACAUCGAAAAAGAACUUUCCAAGAAGCUACAAACAAUGUCGCAUAAGAAAUUCUUUCCAAGUCUGAAGAAAUGGUUCCCCACCAUAAGAGAACACCUGUAUUGGACAGCAGAGACCUCCACUACGGGACCGGAGAGAGAAGCAAAGUGGCGAUCACUCAUGUAUCGCGUUCAAAAUGUUCAUGUUCGCAGCGACCCUCGAUUCCCUCAGGGUCUGUUGACUUCACUAAGACGUCUGAAGGACCGACCAAAGUGGCUGGUAGAUGGAUCGGAAGCCCUCUCAGAAUUGAGGAAGGUACUAGGCACUGAGAAGAUCGUGAAUGAUAUAUGGAAACUCAGCCCUCAUCCCCACACAACUUCACUUGAGGACUUCCACAGUGUGAGCAAGCGAUUUGCACCCAAAAAUGUGAUUCUUCCCUAUCAAGGAAGACUAUGCAGGUUGUAUUUGGCAGCGCUGCACUUUAAUGAAAACUCAGGCCGUCCCCAAGCGACCUCAGCUGAUGGUGAGCCCCUGUUCAGGGUGGCCUUUCUCAAGUCCCAGACAAGAGAAUGCACAGACAAGCCAGUGAUGGUGGAGCCAACAUACCGCUACGAGGAAGAGCUGGUGGACUUGGUGUUUGACAAGGUCUUCCCUGACCCCACUCCAUAUGUGGAAGAGGUGCUGAAGAUCCCCAGACCUCCAGAUGUGCCUUCACGCUUUGACCAGCCGUGUAGUCAGGAUGUUGUAUCCGGCUACGUCUCCAUUAUCAAUCGAGGAGGCAGGCCUCCCCUCUAUUGACCUCCUGAUGUGCCUUUACGCUUUGACCAACCGUGUAGUCAGGAUGUUGUAUCCGGCUACGUCUUCGUUAUCAAUCGAGGAGGCAGGCCUCCCUUCUAUUGAACACAUCGGAGCAUCUCAGAUGUGGAAGAUGCACUAUACCAGUUUUUGGCCCCGAUACCGAUAUCCGAUACCUGGCUGUGCAGUAUCGGCCGAUACCUAUACCAUACGGAUACCAAUCUAUUUGAAAUGUAUGCUGUAUAUACAGUAUAUGAGGAGCUGCGUACUACUUCAUGGCUUUGUCAGGCUGCUGCCUACCUUUGUGAAACAGGAAAAAGACUAUAACAAAGUGAAUCCAGUGUAACUUUUUGUAAAUACCUCUGAAAUAAAAUAAGUUCAAGGCUG